AUGAACCGCCUUUUCCCCUUCACCACAAAGUCCACAAGCACCCCUAUCAAGGAAAAACCCCAAACAAAAGCCCUCCCAUCCUCCUGGUAUCGCUCCGAGGCGCUGUACGCCCUGGAGCGCCGCGCAAUCUUCUCCAAGAAAUGGAUGGUAGUGACCCACCGUACCCGCUUCACAAAGACGGGUGAUUAUGUGCAGCUUAAUGUGGCCGGAUACGGCUAUUUUAUUAUAAAAGAUCGAACGGGGACAAUAAGGGCUUUUCAUAAUGUUUGUCGGCAUCGGGCGUAUCCUGUUAUUCAGUCGGAAGGGGAGUCUGGGACUGCGAAUAUUAUUUCUUGCAAAUAUCAUGGAUGGUCUUAUGGCCUGGAUGGUAAGCUUGCCAAAGCACCCCGGUACCAGGAUGUGGAAGGGUUCGAGAAAGAGAAGAUGGGUCUUUACCCUAUUCAUGUCCAUAUCGAUCAUCUUGGUUUUGUGUGGGUGAACUUAGAGGCUGGAGACCGACCGAGCGUAUCUUGGGAAGAGGACUUUGAGGGCGUGGAUCAGCAGCCUCGUUUGCAGGGGUUUGAUCUUUCACAGUAUCAUUUCGAUCAUACGUGGAGUAUGAUGGGGGAUUAUAAUUGGAAGACGUUGGCCGAUAAUUAUAAUGAAUGCUACCACUGUCCAACGGGCCAUCCAGGCGUAAACGCCAUCUCGGAUCUGAGCAAAUACUACGUCGAGACUAAAGCGGGACAUAUCCAGCACUUCAACGCCGAUAAGCAGGAUACGCCUGGCCUGGGGAUCUUUAGUACUUUUUAUUUCCCCAAUGCGUCGAUUACAGUUUCACCGUCGUUUUGGUACAUGAUGCGCUGUCUUCCUGUUUCGGCAACACAGACUCGGAUGGAGUAUGAUGUCUACAGACAUAACAAUGCUUCGAACGAGGACUUUACGUAUAUCGAUGAGUUUUUCAAACAGGUCCUGCGGGAGGAUAAGGAUCUGUGUAACGCGGCGCAGAAGAAUUUGAAUGCGGGAGUGUUUGUGAAUGGGGAGUUGCAUCCUCGGGCUGAGAAGGUUCGAUUUGGGUACAUUUUGUGA